AUGGCUGGAGGCUGCACCAACUGCAUCAGCUCCUGCAAGAUCAGUCUGCUCAAGUACGCCUUGUUCAAGGAGGCUGCGCUUACGAGUACCCCCAGAUUUUCCGCGCUGGUGGGAAAAUCCCCAAUGGAGUCGUUGUAUGAUUUCAGCUCAUUGAGCGCCGAAGCUCUCGCUCUCGGCGAAUCGCUUGACAAAAACGAAGCCUUGUGUCAAAGCGGCAUCAACGACUGGGGUGCGAUCACCAGCAUCUUGACGGGGACAGCGCAAGAAGUUUCCGACGUCAUCACGGCAGACAAGUGCGUGACCAACUGGAGUAUGAUGGGGAUCACGCGGCUAUUCUACUAUCCCACGACGCUGGGCACUGCGGAAUUCGGCAAGAUCUCCGCUGCAACCAUCAACUUUUAUCCGGACUACACCGAGUGUCGACCUGACGUGGGGAUCAACGACAACCUGACCGAAUCGAAGUUGGUAUUCGCAACCGACGGCGUGGACCCCCUCGCGAUGGCGCCGGAUGUGCUCAAGCUUUUCCCCUACAGCUUCACGAGCAGCUUGCCUACACAUUCCCGCGUGGUUACAGCCUCAAACACCAAGUACGGUGUGGCUACAGUGCUUGAGCCCUAUAUGCACGCGUACUACGGCGGCUGUCGAGUGCGCGAAGUGAACACUACUGGAAUCUACAUCGAGAGUUCCUGUGAGGUCUCAAAGCACUGGGAAGCGUACGGUCUGAUGGUGCAGGGUCCUGAAAAUGUUCCGCUGUGCAGUACGGGCGGUGUAUGCGUCCGCAACUACUACAAUACGGAGUGGGAGUUGAUCAGCACUGUUAGCACGGAGAACACCAACCGUUUAUCCAUCUACCUCAACACGGUUCGAACUCGCUACGCCGACACUGUCGCAAUUAACAUCCUGCCUGGAGUUGUGGUGACUCAGAUACUGAUCAUGGGCGUGGUGAGUCUGUACCAAGUGAUGUCACACAAGCGGUCAGUUUUGCUGACGCAGACAUGGGCGUAUCGCUGCCAGAACGGACGCAUGCAAGUGGUUUACCUCGCACAGAUUAUCUAUCACCUCGUGUACAACUCGGAUUUGUAUUGGCUGGGGCUCGCCACGGGCACGUUGACUCUGGAAUCCAUCGCGAAUCUUUCGUGUUGCUUCUUCGCCUUCUCGUACUCCUGUGUCAACCUGCUCAAAGCGCGCCCCGGGGAUCAGCAAUUGGAUCGGAAUUUUCGUUUAACGUGGGAGGCCAUGCAGCUCGUGCUCACCGCCGCUAUGGUGGCUCUUGAAGUCCGUGCAGCACACGCCGCUGGUUUCUAUCAUCGAGGAGAACGCCCAAAUUCUACGCAAGUCGUCAACGUCUGA